AUGGCUGCCUGCGGAAGCCUUCAUCCGAUCUUCGACAAUCCAUUGCCGGAAAGUCCCACUACUCCAUGGAAUCAAAACCACCAUCUUACCGAGAUUUUCAGAGACCUUUAUUUCCAAGAAGAAGACAAUAAGAAACCAUCAAAAACCUCUAAAUCAUCUACACCACCAUUGCCCAUUAAUUCCAAACAUAAUCCAUCAACUUCAAGAAGAUACAGUUUUUCCAACAUCUAUGAUCACGAUGAAACAUCCACCAACUUACCAGCUGCGAAACAAGAUGAUCAUGAAGAUGAAGAACAAAGACAAACAGAAUCAAACCACAGGAAGGAAUCGCAGCGUUAUAGAAGAUCGAAGUCUUAUGGAGGAUCAUUCCCUCCGCCGAUUUCCUGCCUUGGGAGGAGCGGAAAACCUGGCAUGUGUUUUAAAUAUUUCAGGAAUGAUGGAAGAUUUAUUCUUAAAGAGGUAAAGAUCCCGAACCAGGAAUUUCUUCAUGUUAAACGGGAAGAUGGUCGUCUUCAAUUGCGGCUUGUACAUUCUGAAUCAGAAGACGAUGAUGAAGAUGAUGACGAUGAUAAUGAUGAUCAUGAGCCUGGGGUAGCGCCGAAAGUGGAAGAUUGUUGCAAUAAUAAGAACCAGGAGGAGGAGGUUGUUGCUGAAGAGAUGAACAAAAUAAAAUGA